AUGAACAGCUACAUGCAGAGAUUAGGCUGGACGGCUUGGAGAAAGAAAACAACAAUCCUAGUAGCCACCGGAUUUUUGUCUUUAAUAAUAUUCGGCCUGCAAUUUUCCCGUUUGGAGAACUCCGAUUCGACGACAACGGCGCAAAGCGAAAAAUUAAUCCGAAUGAAAACCGGCGAUCACAUAAAAUUCAUCGAAUCAAACAAAAAGUCCUCGAUCGCAGACCUACUGGGACAAGCAGCCAACGGAGAGGAGGACGGCAAGAUGAAAGCCAAGCGAGAUGGAGAAAGAGAAAGCAACGACAUCGAACGACAAUUGGGCAUACCGGACGUCAACUUGGACCCGAACAAUCCUUAUAUACCCAACCGUCGGUUGGUGCAUUUGGAUUUGAAAGGAGCCCCACCGAUAAUCCCAUAUUUGAGGAAGCUUUUCCCGCUGAUAAGACGAAUGGGGGCCACUGGAGUUCUAUUAGAAUAUGAGGAUAUGUUCCCGUUUAGCGGUCCAUUGAAAAACGUGUCCGCCGGCAACGCCUACACGGCGGACAAUAUCAGGGAAAUAUUAAAUUUAGCGGAGGCCUCCCAACUGGAAAUCGUCCCGUUGAUCCAGACCUUCGGCCACAUGGAGUUCGCCCUGAAGCACCGCGAGUUCGCCCACCUCCGAGAGGUCCCCAACAGCCCGCAGGCGCUCUGCCCCAGCAGGAAGACCUCCUUGGACUUCGUCAGGACCAUGAUCGAUCAAGUGAUGGCUCUGCAUCCGUCGGUGAAGUACCUGCACAUCGGCUGCGACGAGGUGUUCCAAAUGGGCGAGUGCGACACCUGCCGGCUGGAAAUUCGCGAUAAUCUCUUCCUGAAGCACAUCCGGAACGUGGUGGACAUCGUUCGAUCGAAGUACCCAUCCGUCAAAAUCAUCGUAUGGGACGAUAUGCUCAGGCACAUAUCCCAGCAGGCGAUGCUCGACGUUAAACUGGGCGAGCUGGUAGAACCCAUGGUGUGGGUCUACGCCGAGGACAUUUACAGAUUCGUGCAGCCUACUAUAUGGGAAAAGUACUCGGCGGUGUUCGAGACAGCUUGGGCGGCUUCGGCGUUCAAAGGCGCUUUCGGGGAAACCCUGUAUAUUCCUAACGCUCGAAGACACCUCGAGAACACUCUGAGGUGGCUCGAUACAAUGGCAGCUCAAUCGGUCGCUUUCAAACGAGGCCUAAGCGGAAUCGCCAUCACCGGCUGGCAGAGAUACGAUCAUUUCGCAGUGUUGUGUGAACUACUUCCAGCGUCGAUUCCAUCGUUGGCUCUAACCCUUCUAGCCACCACCCACGGAUACUUCAACUUAUCAUUGAAAGAUAAGCUGCUCAAGGUUCUGGACUGUCCGGAACCCACCCUGGACGCUGCUCCGUUCAUCGCGUUGACAACUGACCCGUUCCUCUGGGAGAAACUCAGCAGGUGUUCGUUUCCGGGCAAUCGAGUCUUCCGGCUGACCAACCGGCUGCACAACGUCGAGCUCGAGGCCCGCGAGUUCCUCGACCUGAUCGAGCGGCAGAAGGGCUGGAUGACGGGGUACAACGUGCGGCACAACUACAGCCUGGGCCUGCGCGUCGACGAGCUGACCGUCGACCUGCCGCGGCUCUACCACGGCAUGGUGAACGUGGCGCGGGCGGCCGUCGAGGCGAUGGGCGACUGCUUCGACAACCACACGAUCGGCGAGUGGAUCGAGCAGCGGAUCUAUCCGUACAUCGUCGAUUUCGAGAGGAUCGAGAACGAGAGCGCGGUGCUGAGGAGCGUCGACAGCUGGCCGGCGAGGCCGCUGCCGGCGCCGGUUAAGAUGCAGAAACUGGCCUUCGGCGUCGGUUUGCAUUAG